AUGUCUUCUCGCAUCGACAACAGCAACACCUCGGAGCCCGGCCUCAUGAGCACCGAGGCCACCAACCAGCUCCUCCAGGAACUGCAGAAUCGCAUUCUGCACCUGGAAGCGCAGCUCCAGGCAGCCACUAUGGCCGGCAACGACGAACCCGAGGGCGAUGAACCGACGGGCCCCCCUGUCGAAAAAGCCAGGUAUUACGAAUCGCAACUCGCGCACCACUUGCGACAGGUCGAUUCGGACGACAAUACAGAAAACGAGAAAGCCAUCCAUUUGGCUUGGUUGCAGGAACGUAGCCUGCUGGACAGCUACGAGCUUGAAAUGGAGGACGCUCCCCACAACUACAGCCAGGAAUUGGGAAACGGCUUCGGGCCUUCAGGGAGGCCCGACGAAAACUAA